AUGGCAGCAGAACAAUCCACAAUGAAAGCCUGGCUGUACAGCGACACAACCAAUGGCCUCGAAAACAACCUCACCUUCACCCCGGACGCCCGCACCCCACCAGCACUCCACAACGACGAUGUCCUCAUCACAGUCCUCUCCGCCUCCCUCAACCCAGCCGACUACAAGCUCCCCGAACUAGGCCUGCUAGCCCGCAAACUCGUCAUCGGCACGCCCGCCUCCCCAGGAAUGGACUUCUGCGGCCGCGUAGUGGCAACAGGGCCCGACGCGACGGAUUUCGCAGCCGGCCAGCUCGUCUACGGCAAUCUAGGCAAGCCGUGCCAAUUCGGAUCUCUCGCCGAGCUGAUAGUAGCCCCGGCAAGCUUCCUGGUCCAUUUACCCGACGGCGUGGAGGUUGAUCACGCCGCUACGCUCGGCGUGACUGGGCAGACGGCAUACCAGUCGCUGAAGGGGUAUGUCGGUGCGGGCGAUAAGGUGUUCAUCAAUGGGGGAUCGGGCGGGUGUGGUAUUUUCGCUAUUCAAAUUGCGAAGGUGAUGGGAUGCCAUGUGACGACUACGUGCUCGACGAAGAAUGUGGAGUUUUGUCGCGGGCUUGGGGCCGAUGAGAUUAUUGAUUAUUCGGUUGAGGAGGAUCUUGUUGCGGGCCUGUGUGGCAGGGGUGUGGUCUUUGAUCAUAUUGUUGAUCAUAUUGGAUUCCCCGCUGCGCUGUAUCGUCAGUCUGAUCGCUUCCUGGCGCCUGGGAAGACCUUUGUGCAGGUUGGGGCGCCGGGUGUGGGCACUUUUGCGGAACGUAUGCUUUUGCCUGGGUUCCUUGGUGGAGGAAAAAGGAAAUAUGUUAUUUUUGUCACCAAAAAUAACAAGGAGGAUCUUGUUCAGCUUGGGGAAUGGGUCCAGAAGGGGGAUGUCAAGGUUCAGCUGGAUACGGCUUAUGAGCUUGAGGAUGUUGUCAAAGCAUUCAAGCAAUUGAAAUCUGGUCGGGCUAGAGGAAAGAUUGUUGUUCAUGUUGCUCAGGAUUGA